AUGGAGUCGCAUUGCCUCGUUCAACGGUGGAGAAGGUACGUAUCGGUCUUUCUUCUUCUCUCUACCACCAUGAACACGUCGUCUGCCGUAACCCAUUAUUCUAUUCCAGAAGAAAUGGAGGAAGGCUCCGUUGUUGCCAAUUUAGCUACUGAUUUGGGACUGGAUGUGAAAACAUUGAAUAGACGCAAGAUGCGAUUGGAUGUUGUCGCCAAUAAAAAAUAUCUGGAGGUUAACAAAGAUACCGGAGAGCUUUACAUUUUACAGAAAAUGGACAGAGAACAUCUUUGCAGCUCUAAAACCAAUUGCUUUCUUAAACUGGACGCUACAAUUGAAAACCCAUUACGAAUGUUUAAUAUUGAGCUAGAAAUCAUGGAUAUCAACGACAAUUCACCUUAUUUUCGAAGAGACGAAAUGCAUUUGGAUAUAUCCGAGUCGACUGCAAUAGGAGAACGCUUAUCUUUGAACAACGCCGUGGAUCCUGACGUCGGCACUAAUUCUGUGAAAACCUACCAUCUAAGAGAAAGUCAUCAUUUUAAUAUAGAAAUUCAGGCCGGACGAGACGGGUCAAAGUUUGCUGAUUUGAUUCUGAAAAAGGCUUUAGACCGAGAGAAGCAGGAGGUUCAUAAUCUAAUACUCACGGCUGUAGACGGUGGAGUCCCCUCACGCACAGGCACAGCCAACAUCAUUGUUCGCGUUCUAGAUACGAAUGACAACGCCCCUCAAUUUGAUAAAGAAAGCUACACCAUCAAUGUGAUGGAAAACGUUCCAAUUGGAAGCCUUGUGGUUACACUGAAUGCAACUGACUUAGAUGAGGGUACCAAUUCGGAAAUAAUAUAUUCAUAUAGCCUCUAUACAUCAGAGAAAACUCAAGCCACUUUCAGUUUGAAUUCUAAUAACGGAGAAAUAACGGUGAAAGAAAUGAUAAAUUAUGAAGACUUCAGGAUUUAUGAUAUGGAAGUCAUAGCAACUGAUAAGGGGACCAACUCUUUGUCAGGUCAGUGUAAAAUAACUAUUCUAGUGACGGAUAUGAAUGACAAUCAUCCUGAAAUAUCAAUCAAAUCAUAUCAAAGUCCUAUAAAGGAGGAUAUAGCAGUAGACACGGUGAUAGCAGUUGUCAGUGUCAGCGAUAAAGAUUCAGGUGAAAAUGGGAUUGUCGAUAUCCAUAUUGCGGAUGAAUUACCUUUUGCACUAAGAGAGUCUUCCGAUAACUAUUAUGAGUUAGUAGUAUCAGAACCUCUAGACCGUGAGAAGGUCCCAGAAUAUGACAUAACUUUUACCGUAACAGACAGGGGUUCCCCUCCGCUAUCUGACAACGAAACGAUUACUUUAGAACUACUAGACGUUAACGACAACGUUCCACAGUUCCCCCAGUCGUUCUACACUAUACCCGUUAUGGAGAAUAACGCGCCUGGGGCCUUGCUAAGUUCCCUCACUGCGUUUGAUCCAGACCUCCAUGAAAACCAGUAUCUAGUUUAUUUCAUCAUAGAAAAGGAGAUAGUGAACACCUCCGUUUCCAUGCUGUUUUCCAUCAAUCCGGAGAAUGGUAAUCUUUACGCACUGAAGACGUUUGACUAUGAGAUAGAGAAGGAGUUCCUUUUCCACAUUGAGGCUAGAGACUCUGGUGUUCCUCCUCUCAGCAGUAAUGUGACUGUCCACAUCAUUAUUGUUGAUCAGAACGACAACACCCCGGUCAUAGUCUCUCCGUGGCGCGUGCACGGCUCCUUGGUGGAGGAAAAGAUUCCCAGAUCCACCGAUAAAGGAUCCCUGGUCUCCAAGGUGAUAGCCAUAGACACGGACUCGGUCCAGAACUCUCGGAUUACAUACCAGUUUCUACAGGUUACUGACGCCACCUUAUUCAGUCUGGACCAAUACAAUGGAGAUAUCCGGACCAUGAGAAUGUUCAGUUACAGAGAUCCGCGUCAUCAACGGCUGGUUGUCAUCGCCAAGGACAACGGGGAACCUGCUCUCUCAGCUACAGUUACCAUCAAGCUGUCAACAGUGGAGACUGCUGUUAAAGCCUACUCUGACAUGACUGAAGUGCCUCUAGAAUAUGACAUAUUUUCAGACUUAAACCUGUAUUUGAUGAUCGGCUUGGGCUCGGUGUCCUUUCUGUUACUGAUCACCAUAUUGGUCACCUGUGUGCUGAAGUGUCAGAAACCGAUGCCCAGCAAAGCGGCUCCUCCCAGUAGGAACAGCGUGAUCAGCGAGAGGAACUCGACCAUCGCAGAUUCCACCCUGGUCUCCAACGAUGCCUACUGGUACAGUCUGUUUCUAGCAGAGACCAGGAAAGGAAAGCUGGUAGUCAGACAGCCUGUGCCAAAGGCGGGCUCCAGAUAUAUUGUGUCCAGUUUACCAAGGAGCACGGGCCUGACAGAGACCAGCGACUCAGCAGCCUCUACUCUGCAGGUAAGAAAUAUCUUCACCUCGGAUUCAACAUCAUUUGCUAUAACUUUGUCAGUGCGUGUUCCCCAGGUAGAUUCUUACUCCAUUUUAUACAACCUUAAAUGUUGGAACUUCUUUGCUCUGAAAUGCAUUGCAUGUUUUCCUUGUUGCUGAUGUAAACGUUUGAAU